AUGGAGUUUGUGCGGCGCGCGCUGUGGCUCGGCCAGGCGCUGGCGCUGGGGUCGCGCCCUGCCCGUGCCCACCCGCAGCCUUGCGGCGAGCUGGCGCUCACGGGGGGCUCGCUGCGCCUGGGCGCCUUCCUGCCCCGCGCGCCGGCCGCCCGCGCCCGUGCCCGCGCUGCCCUGGCCCGGGCCGCCCUGGCGCCGCCGCGGGUGCCGCACAACCUGAGUCUGGAGCUGGUGGUCACCGCGCCCCCCGCCCGCGACCCCGCCUCGCUGGCCCGCGGCCUGUGCCGGGCGCUGGCGGCUCCUGGCGUGGCGGCCCUGCUCGCCUUUCCCGAGGCACGGCCGGAGCUGCUGCAGCUACACUUCCUGGCGGCCGCCACCGAGACCCCUGUACUCAGCUUGCUGCGGCGGGAGGCGCGCGCUCCCCUUGGCGCCCCGAGCCCCUUCCACCUGCAGCUGGACUGGGCCAGCCACCUGGAGACACUGCUGGAUGUGCUGUGGUCGGUGCUGCAGGCACAUGCCUGGGAGGACGUUGGCCUGGUGCUCUGCCGCGUCCGGGACCCCAGUGGUCUGGUGGCCCUCUGGACACGCCGGGCUGGCCGGGCCCCGAAACUCGUGCUGGACUUGAGCCGGCCGGGCGCCGGUGAUGCAGGGCUGCAGUCCCGCCUGGCCCCGCUAGGGGCGCUGGCAGGGGCUGAGGCCCCGGUGCCGGUGGCUGUGCUCCUGGGCUGUGACACCGCCGGUGCCCGGCAAGUGCUGGCAGCCGUGCCCCUGGGGCCCCGAUGGCUGCUGGGCACGCCACUGCCCGCCAAGGCGCUGCCCACCGAGGGCCUGCCGCUCGGGCUGCUGGCUCUGGGUGAGGUGGCCCGGCCUCCACUGGAGGCCGCUAUCCAGGAUGCUGUUUUGGGCAGUGUGGCCCGUGUGCACCCCGAGCACACCCUCCUUUCUACCGCCGUCAACUGCACAGACCUGCAGCCAGCCGGGCCUGAGUCCUCCGGCCACUUCCUGGCACGGUUCCUGGCCAACACGUCCUUCCAGGGCCUCACGGGGCCAGUGUGGGAGACAAGCACGUCCCAGGUUCACAUGUCUCGCAGCUUUAAAGUGUGGAGCCUCCGCCAGGAUCUGCUGGGUGCCCCAGCCUGGGCUACGGUGGGCUGGUGGCGUGAUGGGCAGCUGGAGCUGGAGCCGGGGAGCACUGCCGUGAGGCCCCCACCCCCACCGGGGACCCAGGCCCGGGCCAAGCUGCGUGUAGUGACGCUGGUGGAGCACCCGUUUGUGUUUGCCCGCGAGUCGGACGAGGACGGCCAGUGCUCGGCGGGCCAGCUGUGCCUGGCGCCCAGCACCAACGACUCAGCAGCAGUGGACGCGCUGUUUGUCGCGCUGGCCAACGGCUCUGUGCCCCGAGCCCUGCGUAAGUGCUGCUGCGGCUACCGCAUCGACCUGCUGGAGCGGCUGGCCGAGGACACGCCCUUCGACUUCGAGCUCUACAUCGUGGGCGACGGCAAGCACGGCGCCCUGCGCGAUGGCCGCUGGACCGGCCUUGUGGGUGACCUGCUGGCCGGCACGGCCCACAUGGCGGUCACCAGCUUCAGUAUCAACUCUGCCCGCUCUCGCGUGCUGGACUUCACCAGCCCCUUCUUCUCCACCAGCCUGGGUAUCCUGGUGCGUGCGCACGACACCGCCGCGCCCAUCGGCGCCUUCACCUGGCCGCUGCACUGGUCCAUGUGGCUGGGCGUCUUCGCGGCGCUGCACCUCGUGGCGCUCGUCCUCACGCUCUACGAGUGGCGCAGCCCGUACGGCCUCACGCCCCGCGGCCGCAACCGCAGCACCGUCUUCUCCUACUCUUCAGCCCUCAACCUCUGCUACGCCAUCCUCUGUGGCCGGACCGUGUCCAGCAAGACCCCCAAGUGCCCCACUGGGCGUUUCCUGAUGAACCUCUGGGCCAUCUUCUGCCUGCUCGUGCUGUCCAGCUACACGGCCAACCUGGCUGCCGUCAUGGUUGGGGACAAGACCUUCGAGGAGCUGUCGGGGAUCCAUGACCCAAAGCUGCACCGCCCGCCGCCCGGCUUCCGCGUGGGCACCGUGCGGGAGAGCAGCGCCGAGACCUACAUCAGGAAGAGCUUCCCCGAGACGCACUGGCACAUGAGCCGCCACGGCGCACCCACCACGCCCGACGGGGUCGCCAUGCUCACGAGCGACCCCCCCAGGCUGAACGCUUUCAUUAUGGACAAGUCUCUCCUGGACUACGAAGUCUCCAUCGACGCCGACUGCAGACUGCUGACCGUGGGCAAGCCGUUCGCCAUCGAAGGUUACGGCAUCGGGCUGCCCCAGAACUCGGCGCUCACCUCCAAGCUGUCCGAGUCCAUCAGCAGCUACAAGUCCUCGGGCUUCAUGGACCUGCUGCACGACAAGUGGUACAAGAUGGUCCCUUGCGGAAAGCGGGUCUUCGCUGUGACGGAGACCUUGCAGAUGAGCAUCUACCACUUCUCGGGCCUGUUCGUGCUGCUCUGCCUGGGUCUGGGCAGCGCCCUGCUCAGCUCACUGGGCGAACACAUCUUCUACCGCCUGGCGCUGCCGCGCAUCCGCAGGGGCAACAAGCUGCAAUACUGGCUGCACACGAGCCAGAAAAUCCACCGGGCCCUCAACACCGAGCCGCCGGAAGGGCAGAGCGGGGAGAAGCCGGAGCCCGAGUCCAGGUAAGGGGUGGGGCCCUGGGAAGCCCCACCCCCUGCAGACCCGGCCCCUGAUGGGCAGGGCAUGGCCCGGGAGGUGCCAGUGGCCUUGGGUGGGCCCAGCUCACCACUGCACUAGCUCUAGCCCCCUUUAUACUGAAGGAGACAGUGGGGAGCGAGAGGGGUUACUUCACACACCGGGCUCCUUCCUGACAGUCCCCAGCUCCGUGCCACCCGUGGGGGCCUCCAGGCCACUUCCUCGAGCAAGG